UAUCCCUGGUUCCACCCUGAGCUCCGCAGCAUUGUCUUCGAUGCCCCUGAGCCCUCUACCUGGAUUGUCCUCGAACGCGUUAACGAACACGAGCACCAAAGGACUCCGAACACUCUUCUACUCUCUCCUAUACCUCUGUUAAGAACUGGUGCAAGAAACACGACUCCACCCGAGCUAGUGGUAUAUAAGACUCUUACUGAUAAGCAGUCGAGAGUCACUCCCCGCCUCUUACGAUAUAGGGAAGAAAAGCAACAGAUAUUUAUUAUGGACACUUUCCUGAUGAUUGCCAAGACAACAGUAUGGUUGACCCUCGAACUCCUUGUCUGUACUGGAAUGAUCAGCCCGUCAAAACCAAAUGGCUCUUGA